AUGUCCCUGAAUGUCUAUACAGCCGGGUAUCCUGGAUUGCUAAUUAUGGGGCUAGAUCUCACAGAUCCAAUGGACUCUAAAGUCCUUACUCAGCGUGUAUCAGGCACGAAAAGAAAGACUAGCACUAUCGCAAAGGCGGAUAUGACCGAGUUCAAGACAGUGCUGCUAAGCAGUUCCCACACCCCGCGCCCAUGGACUCUUGACGGCAAGCAACUACCCGUAUCCUGGCACAUAGCUUUACCACUGCGGAGACCAGCUCCACGAAGCCCAGAAGCUAGCAUUGACAAUAAGGGCGCUAUCUACUUUGGCAAGGCCCUGAUCAAGGCUUCAUUUCUUAACUUCAUUGUCUUCAGAUGCACAUUUUGUCUUGAAAUCAGAGGCCGCUCAAGUGAAAGUGAAAACUCUGCGCUUAACCGCGCAGACAGAGAUAUCAAUAAUUAA